AUGAGCAAGAAAAAUAAAGGAAAGAAGUCUUCGAAGGUGCAGAUACCACAAGAAAAAUUAACUCCUGGUGGAGAUCAGUUUUUUGGCUCGGUAAACGGUAUUCAAGUUAGAAGACAAAGUGAAUCUUCUUUUAUUGAAGACAUACAUGAAAAAGAGACACGAAAUGCUGGUCAAUUGAACGAACAAGAAUCUUUGAAUGAAGACUCACCAUAUGAAAAAGAUACACAAAAUACAAGUCAAUUGAACGAGCCAAAGCCUCAAAAAGGAAAUUCUGGUAAAAAAGCAAAAAGUAAGAAAUCAAAACAGCAAAAGAAACCAAAGAAAACUGGAUUCUUUGGUGGACUAUUCAGGUUUAGGACCUUAUUCAUAUUAUAUAUACUUGGAGUGUUUUUCGUUUGCCAUGGCAAAUCCCACAAGCAAUGUUCAUAUCCAGUUGAGCUUUUUUGUUAUAACGGUGUCUCCCAGUAUAUUCUUACACAUGAUUGGUUCCAUAAAUAUAUUGAGCCCGUAGUUGUCGAGGUUAAACUUUAUUCUGCAGAUUAUUCGAAACAAGCUUUGAUCGCUUAUGAGACCCAUGCAAAACCCCAUAUAAACCCUUACGUUGAAUCCGCUCAACCUUACAUACAAAGUGCUAAGGAAUUGUCUAUCGAAUAUGUAUAUAUUCCUGCUGAACAAGGAGUGAUGAAAGCUCAUGAAUUUUACAAUCAAAAUGCAAAAGAUAACGUGGAAACAUACUAUGGGAUGGCUAAGGAAGCAGUUGCCCCUUAUCUGAAUAAGGCUCAGAAGCAAGCUAGUAAUGCUUAUGAACGACUGAUUUACUAUAAUCAAAAGAAGGUUCAACCCUGGUAUAAUAACAAGUUUAUACCUUGGGUGAAAAAAUCGAAAGAGGCUAUAAUUAUCAAAUACAACGAAAAAGUAGCUCCACAUAUAAGUCAGUUAGUAAAAACUGCCAACGACAAUUAUCACAAGCAUGUUGUUCCCUUUUACGAAACUAAUGUCAAACCUUAUGUCGAGCCUUAUGUCGAGUAUUGUAUUACAGCUAUCACGGAGCUUAUACAAGACAAAAAGAAAACAGACCCUAAGGCUAAAAAGGAGGCUGAACGCAAGGCCAGAGAGCGCAAAGCUAAAGAGGAGGCUGAACGCAAAGCUAAAGAGGAGGCUGAACGCAAAGCUAGAGAGGAUGCUGAACGUAAAGCUAAAAAGGAAGCCGAACGCAAAGCUAAAGAAGAAGCUGAGCGUAAAGCUAAAGAGGAAGCUGAACGUAAAGCUAGAGAAGAAGCUGAACGCAAAGCUAAAGAAGAAGCUAAACGCAAAGCUAAAGAAGAAGCUGAACGCAAAGCUAAAGAAGAAGCCGAACGAAAAGCUAAAGAAGAAGCUGAACGCAAAGCUAAAGAAGAGGCUGAACGCAAAGCCAAAGAGGAAGCUGAACGUAAGGUUAAAGAGGAAGCUGAACGUAAAGCCAAAGAGGAAGCUGAACGUAAGGCCAAAGAAGAAGCUGAGCACAAGGCCAAGGAAGAGGCAGAAAAGGCUGCUAUAGCCGCUGCUAUUAAGGCUGUUCGUGAUACUGCUGCUACAAGUAUAUCUCGCGCUCGAGAAAACGUCAAUAUAGCUCUUAAGGACUAUGAGCUUAAAGCAAACUCCGCAGUAAAGAAAACGUCGGGCGACACUGAUGCUAAAAUAAUAUCUCUUAACAAAUUAGGUUCUGAUUAUCCUUCCAAACUUACAAAACUUGUUGAGGAACUCACAAAGGAUGCUAAGGAUGAUAUUGCAAUCAAAAUUGAUAAAGUAUCAGAAUAUGCCAGACAAACUAUAGAUACUGUUAAAACAAAUGUAAAAAGUGCUGAUGAAUUACUUGAUAUUUUAAACGAAAAAGUUAAUGAGCUGGAAAAAGAUAUUGUUAUUGUUAUUAACCGUAAUAUAAAUGAUAUCAAGACCAACGCUUAUAACAAAGCAGGAAAAAUAACUCUUGAUCAAAAAAUUUAUGAUGAGGUUGAUAGGGAUGUUAAUACUGCUUCACAGACUAUGACUGCCGAAUUUAAUAGUUCAACAUUAAAAGUAAAGGAGGAGAUCAAAAAAAUUGAAAUAAAGAUAACGUCUUUGAAGUCCACAGCAAGAAAUGUUGUUCAAGACAUUGUAAAUUCGACCAAAACGGUAACACAGGCCUUAAAGCAGCGUGACACUCCAGUAAUAGCAUCCCAAAAAGUCAAUAACGAACCAAGUUCGCUAAAAGAAUCAGCAAAAGAAAGUGACAAAGUACCUCCAUUGGUUGUUCAAACAUCAGGUGACCCUGUGUUGAAUAAAUUAAAGAGUCAAUUUGAUCCAGUUUUACAAAAAUUGAAAGCCGAAUAUAAAAAAAACAAGGAAAAUAAGCAAUCAGAAAAGAUUGUAAAGGGCGAUUCUCAUUAA